AUGCAUGUCCUUUUGUUCUCUCCUCACUUGUUUCUCUCUCACCUUUUCACCUCUUGAAAACCAACACAACCUCCAAACAAGAACAAGGAAACGCAUAGAGGAGGAGAAACAAAUCCAAAGCAAAGGCAAAAAAAGCAAAAUCCAUUUAUUCUAUGGCAGUUGAAGCUAGGCAUCUCAAUCUCUUUUCCCCUCAACUCUUAGGAAACAGGGAAAUGAUGAACCCUAUUGAAGCAAACGUGGGUUUCUACAACACCCAGAUGGGAUAUGGCGCGCCAUUGUCGGUGGCGACUGAAGCGCUGCUUCCGUUUUACGGUUCUAUAGUUGCUGAUUCGAUCCCUAACAAGGCUGCCGCAAUCAAAUCGGAAAGCACUCUGACCUACAAUAUUCCGGUGUCGAGAAAGCGGCCCAGAGAUUCCUUCAGCCCUCUUCUCUCCUUCCCUUCACUGCCGCUCCCUCAAUCCAACACCAAAGCCUCCACCCCUCUCUCCUUUCUUGGAAAUGAUAUCUCGCUUCAGAUCCAACAGCAACAAUUGGAUAUUGAUUGCCUCAUAUCCCAACAUAUGGAGAAAGUGAGGAUUGAGAUUGAGGAAAAGAGGAAAAGGCAAGCAAGGAGGAUAAUGGACGCUUUAGAGGAAGGAAUGAUGAAGAAACUCCGAGCCAAAGAAGAAGAAAUUGAGGAAAUCGGCAAACUCAAUUGGGAACUGGAGGAAAGAGUCAACUCCCUCUGCAUCGAGAACCAAAUUUGGCGAGACCUGGCCCAGACCAACGAGGCCACCGCCAACGCCCUCCGCACUAACCUCGAACAAGUUCUCGCGGCACAGGUCGUGAAGGAAGAGCGCACCUCGGUUGACGAGGCAGUUGUAGACGACGCACAGUCAUGCUGCGGGAGCAGUUGGGAGGAGGAGCGGCGCUCGGUUGCAGGGGAGGGAGGAGAGAGAAAGUUGGUCAAGGAUAAGGAUGGAGCAGCAGCAGCAGGGGAAGGUACGAGCAGGGUGUGCAGGAAUUGCAGGAAGGAGGAGUCGUGCGUGCUGCUUUUGCCAUGCAGGCAUUUGUGCUUGUGUACUGUGUGUGGGUCGAGUCUUCACGUCUGCCCCAUCUGUAAAUCCACCAAGACAGCUAGUGUUCAUGUUAACAUGUCCUAGAAAAAAAAAAGAAGAAAAUACUCUCAAAAAUUACCGAAAAGGAAAAAAAAAAUGUUCAAAAAUUUCAUUCCAAAUUUUGUAAUUAGUUUAUUCUUUUCAUCUUCCCCUAAUUUUCUGGUUUUUUUCUGUAGUUUAUGUGUUUGUGUGCACAAUCCAUAUGGCAUUUUAAUUU